GUGGAUGAAAAGGAGCAGAAAGAGGAGGAGAAGGAUUUUCUUUCUUUUUGGAAUGCUAUGAAGAGAAGCAGCGUUGCGGUAUUUAUUAGAAAGGAGAAAAUAUUAAUCACCCCACCCCCUCUUGGCCGUGGGCCGUGACGUCACCUCAGGAAGUCAUUGUAGUGCGCGAGUACGGUGAUUAGCGGCAAAAGGUUCGAGCGAGUGCGGAGUGUGAUGCGGCAGCCGGACGGAGCUGCAAACCAGCUGCGCAUUGACGCGCAACUUUCACGCAACUUCCAAUAAAAGCCAAAGAAGAAGAAAACCUGGGAGUGGGGUGGGGGGGCGACCUGCGCGCGGAUGCCGUGGAAGUUCACCUGCUGGAUUGUGGACUUAUUUACCUUUUUUUUCUUUUCUUUUUCUUUUUUUGAAUUUCUUUUCUCCGGCGUGCCAACUUUUUUGGGGUUGUGCAUGUGAGGAGAGGCGCGCCCGGGCUGUUAUGACGACCCCCUCCCGCUAAGAUGGAGGCAUCGAGCGGCUCCAGCUUCGGAAUUGACACCAUCCUGGCGGGCGGGCGGGCAACGCCGUCCCCGCCGCCGUCCUGCUCGGACGCCGACACGGUGGCGGAUACGGCGCCCUCGUCGCCGCUCUCCGUCACCGCGGAGCACCCGUCGGACCCCGACGCCAACCCCCUCCACCACCACCUCCACCAUCACCACCAACAUCAUCAUCAUCACAACCAGCACCAGCACCACGGGCCGCCGGCGCAUCUUCCCCCUCCUCCGCCGCACCACCACCUCCUCCUCCCCGCGGCCGGCGCGGGUUGCAGCGGCCCGCGGAGCGCCACCUCGUCUUUCCUCAUCAAGGACAUCCUGGGCGACGGCAAGCCACUGGCCGCAUGUGCGCCCUACAGCACCAGCGUGUCCAUGUCGCCCAGUAAGGCCGCCGAGAGCGCCUCGGGCCCGGACGGUUUCCGGCCCAAGAUGGAGCUCCAGGACGAGGGCCGGGGCGGCAAGAUGGAGCGGCGGGAUGAGAUGCUGCUACACGGCGACAAGUGCAACGGCAGCAAGGAGGAGGGCGAGCGCGAGAUCUCAAGCAGCCGCGACAGCCCGCCGGCGCGCACCAAGAAGCCCCGCAAGGCGCGCACGGCCUUCACCGACCACCAGCUCAACCAGCUGGAGCGCAGCUUCGAGCGCCAGAAGUACCUGAGCGUGCAGGACCGCAUGGACCUGGCCGCCGCGCUCAACCUCACCGACACGCAGGUCAAGACCUGGUACCAGAACAGACGGACCAAGUGGAAGCGUCAGACGGCGGUUGGCUUGGAGCUGCUGGCUGAGGCCGGCAACUACUCAGCCCUGCAGCGGAUGUUCCCGUCGCCCUACUUCUACCACCCGAGUCUCCUGGGCUCGGUGGACGGCAGCACUGCGGCGGCGGCGGCCGCGGCCGCCAUGUACAGCAGCAUGUACCGGACUCCCUCCGCGCCGCACCCGCCGCAUCCGCCGCACCCGGCGGCCGCGGCGGCAGCGGCGGCGGCGGCCGCGGGCAUCCAGAGGCCGCUGGUGCCCCGCGUGCUCAUCCACGGCCUUGGACCAGGGGGCCAGCCGGCACUGAACCCUCUGUCGAGUCCGCCGCACGCGCGGUAGGGACGCUAAAAAGGAAAACUAAAACAACAACAAACCAACCAAUUAAAAAAAAAAAAAUACACUAAAGACAUUUAACCCCGCGCACACGUGGCGGGGAAAGGAGAUAAAAGACUCUGGAACACGCGGACUGCUCGCGUCUGAUUGUUCGUUUUUGCUUUGUCUUUUUGUACAAAAUCCACUUAACAUUAGCAAAUAAACAGUUAAAGUUUAUUAUUAGAUGGAGAAGAACGGAAUGAAUAAAGACGUAAUGCAAACGUACAACUUUUCUUUUCUUGUUACCUGGCCGUCUAAAAACAAUUUUGUUAAUUUUUUUUUUUUUAAAAGUCCAAUUUACUUGUUAAACGUUGCAGAUUUAGCUUGGUGACCGACAUUUGCGCGUAGUGGCGGUGAAUGCGCGUGCACGCGCUUGGCAACGUAAACGCGCAGGGAUUGGGAAUGUGGCCCUGCAGCUGCUCACACAUUUCUCCACUUCUCAGCGGGACACGCUGCAAAGGAAAAAACGACAAAUUCUCCAAAAGCCAGCAGGGCUGCACGGGAGCCCUUUUCCCAUCAGGGGCCAUUUGGAGAGCCGUGCUAAAUUUUAGUCAUUGUGUGAUUAUUAUUAUUAUUAUUAUUAUUAUUAUCAUUAUUAUUAUUUAAAGUACGUUCCUAUUUAGCCGCACGAUUUUACCCCACAGUUGCAAUGACGUAAUUUGCAUUUCCAACUCUAUAUCAACUUCAUAAGAAAAUAUAUUUUCCAUUUAAGGGCAUAUACUCAAUGUUAUCGAUUUUAGUUUGUUUUAGAACUAUGACCCCAGAGGUUUUUAUGCGAUGAUAUUUAGAUAGCUUACAUCAUGGCCACUUGCACAAACAAACACGCUUAUUUUACUGCACACGAAGGAGCAACUAUCUUUUUACUACUUUGAUAUUUCAGUUUUAAGAACUAUAGAGUGGACGAAAUUUAUAUGCCCCCCCCCCCCACC